UAUGUAAAACAGCUUGAAAAAUAUGGUAUGAAAUUUGUCGGCCAUGAUGUUGAUGGGGAGCGCAUGGAAAUCAUGCAACUUGAAGAACACUGAUCUGUUAUUGAACAAAUUUUGUCUUGAAAAAUGGCAACAGAACCCGUCGUUUUUAAGAAGAAAUCCAAACGAAACUUCCGGAAGAAAAAUUUGGAGGAGGAAAACGAAGAAGAAUUGCAGGCUUCCGAACCUUUGAGCGAACAAAAGACAGAUGAAAACGUUGAAAAAAAGGCGAAGAAAUCUUCAAAACCUGCGCCAAAAACUCUGCUUAGUUUUGACCAUGGCGAAGACGAAGAUGAAGAAGUUUUCAAAGUGAAGAAAUCUAAAGAAAGCCGGCGCUUAUCGAAGCAGCGAGUGAAGUCGAAGAAAACGAGAGAGACAGACGAUGAGCCAUUGCAAGAAGAGUCGUCAAACACGGCUUUACAAGAAGAUGAAUCAAAAAUUGACGUGGAUAAACUGAAGAACCUCCGCAAAGAACUGUCAAAUUUAGGUGGCGAAGACGAUUUGAGCGAAAAUGUUGAGAUUCAGAGUAAUGCCGACAAAGUUAUCAAAAGUGACGGUAUUAUAUUCAAGCCCCUGUGUCCUAAAGCAAACAAGGAUUUGCCAAUUCACAUCCCUGAUGCGGCAGCCAUACAUGCUGCUAGGAAGCGCCGAGAAAUGGCUCGACAGAUGGGAUCGGAGUACCUACCAGUGGAUGAUACAGAUCGAUAUAGUGGAAGAUUUGAGGUGAUGGAUAAAUCAAGAUUGGUUCGUGAGGAUGAUAAUGACCACAGCGAUGAAGACCCAGAUAAGCCUUUGGGUUUUGGGACAAAAAAAUCUAACCAUCCGGACAUGAAGAGGCGAUUGGAGGUAGAGGCGGCACUUGCGGAAGAAAGUGGCGAGGACUCAAAAAGCGAGGGAGAGGAUGACGCUUUGAGAAAAUUUGAGGAAGAACAAAUUAGAAAAGCAGUGUCAAUCCCACAGUCAAAACAAGAAGAAGAUAAUUCGUAUCAGAUGUAUUUGACUCAACAAUAUCUUUACAGUCACGAAAGUAUGGACCCCAAUUACAUCCAACAUAAUGAGUCUUCAGGUGGUUAUCCUAGUUACCCACCAACAUCCUUGAAUGCUGUCACCAUGGAUAUGAUUUGGGAGAAAAUGAACAAUCGGAUUGUCUCUUUACAAGAGGUGAAUCGUGGCCGCCACCUGGAAAGGGAAAAGAUGACAUCUCAGGCAGAGUCGUGCGAAGCAAGCAUAACUUCUUUAGAGGAACAGAUGAAGGAUGCCGAGGGUCGUUAUGGGUUCUUCCAAGAAAUGAGGGGGUAUGUCAGGGAUUUGAUUGAAUGCCUUAAUGAAAAGGUGCCUCUGAUAGAUGAUUUAGAGUCAAGAAUGCAUAUGUUAUUGAAGCAAAGAACAGAAAGAUUGAUUGAAAGACGACAGAAAGAUGUUCAAGAUCAAGCAGAAACAUUUGCUGCUGCUCAAACAGGCAAACCUGUCCAAACGAAGCCCGAAUUGGACGAGUUUGGUCGCGACAAGAGCGGAUAUUUGGAACAAGCGAAACAGAGAAGAGCAGUGGAACGGGAAGCUCGACGCAGUCGAAGACGAAAGGAGAGGGAGAAUUCUUUGUCGAAAAGUGACGAAGUAAGACAAACGCAUCACGAAGGAUUUUCUUCAGACGAUGAAGAAGGCAGUGGGGAGACUUUACGAAUUAAAAACGAAUCAGAAAAAAUACGCGACGAAGCUACAAAGCUAUUUGAAGAUGUCAUUGAAGACUUCGGCAACAUCAAACCUAUCAUUGACAGGUUUCAGCUAUGGAAAUAUGGCUUUUCUGACACAUAUAAACAGGCAUUUGUUCAUUUAUGUCUGCCAAAACUUGUUUUACCUUUUGUAAGAGUACAAUUGCUCGACUGGAAUCCGCUCGAGAAAAACUGCAAAGAUUUUGAAGAAAUGCAAUGGUUUGAAGAUGUGAUGUUUUACGGAGUGAAAGACAAUUCCUACGAUGAAAAUGAUGAAGAUACAAACUUCAUUCCUCGUCUUGUUGAAAAGGCUCUUUUACCAAAACUAACAGCUAUUUUUGAAAAUAUUUGGGAUCCGUUGUCGGCAAAACAGACUUCAUGUGCUGUAAGCAUUGUAAAACGUUUGGUGUUUGAUUACCCGACAAUCUCAGCCGAAAAGAAACACACGCAGGCUUUAUUCAGCGCAGUCAUCACGAGAUUAAAGAAAUGUAUCAACGAUGACAUCUAUGUUCCACUUUAUCCAAAAUUUUUACUUGAGAAAAAGUCUCUUGGUGCCGAAAUAUUUGUCGAACGUCAAUUUUGGAGUUGUGUGAAGUUAUUGAGUAACAUAUUUCUCUGGCAUGGUCUUAUUUCUACGUCAAAACUGCAAGAAUUGGCAGUAGAUGGUGUUCUGAAUCGAUAUCUUUUGCUGGCCUUACAACAUGCCUCGGGAAAGCAUUAUGAAAAUGUAGUGAAAUGUCAGGCGAUUGUCAUGGUUCUUCCUCGGGACUGGUUCGAGGGAAAGCGUAGGACCACCGUGGAUUGCUUGGGAUCUUUCUCUCGUUAUCUUGAAAACUUGGCUAGUUCAAUAAAGCUAAAAGCCGAGGGAUCCACUGCCCAAGAAAAGAAAAAAGCUAGAUCCGCAAUAAAGAAAAUUAUUUUGAUGAUGGUUCAAAUUAAGGCGAUGGACAUGGCAGAAAUGUUCAAAAUGUCCUCCUGACGAGUUAACAACAUAACAAAACAUUUCAAACACGCCACCGAUGUGGCAAAAAUAGUGUGUAUUGUAUAUACUUGUAAUGAUAGUAAAUAUAGAUUUGUCGUGGGAA